AUGGAUUUUUUUGCUGAAGUUAAUUGUCGAAUAUUACCUGAACAUUUACUUGAUCAACUUGCACAACAAGUUUAUCAAUUUUUUCGAAAACAAGGUACAUUAAAUCGUUCAUUAAUAUUGAAUAGAUACAUAGAAGAAUCUCUUCUUAAUGAAUAUGUUAAUAAAAUCUAUGUUGGUGAUUUUGAAGAAAAUAAUAUUAAAACAAAUGAAAACUAUCCUUCACAUAGAAAUGAAUUUAUAAUUUCUUGA